AUGCCUAUUCAGAAGUCAGAACAGAAACAACAUUUGCUCCUGUUGCCAAGUUGGUCACUAUUCAAACUUUGUUAUCUGUUGUCUCUGCUAAAACUAGCCCCUCCAUCACUUGAUGUCAACAAUGCUUUUCUCCAUGGUAAUUUGGAUGAGGAAGUGUACACGAAACUUCCACCUGAUUAUUCCUUAUUUACCAAGAUCACAAGGACAUCCUCCACCUUUGUCUUGGUGUAUGUUAAUGACAUCAUUGCACGAUCUAAGAAAGGCAUCUUCUUGUGUCAACGAAAAUAUACAUUGGAUAUCCUUAAAGAUGCAAGAUUAUUGGGUGCUAAACCAUCUGCUUUCCCCAUGGAACAACAGCUUCACAUGACUCCCACCAAUGGAACUUCUUUAUCAGAUCCCUGUGCAUAUCGUCGACCUGUAGGUCAUCUCAUCUACCUUACUGUCACUAGGCUAGACAUUGUCUACUCAGUCCACAUUUUGAGUCGAUUUAUGCAAGAUCCUCGCACCACUCACAUGGAUGCUGCCAUUCGGGUGCUUCGAUACCUCAAAGGCACUCCUGGAAAAGGCAUAUUACUCUCCUCAUCCAAUCCACACACUGUAAGUGGUUUUUGUGACUCAGAUUGGGCAGGCUGCCCUGUGACUCGACGCUCUACUACUGGUUUUUGUGUUUUCCUUGGCGCUAAUCCCAUCUCAUGGAAAACAAAGAAGCAAACCCCAAUGGCUGAAAUAUCUUUUGGAUGA